CUUUCCUAGUUUUCUUUCCUUGCUCUGUUGUUGAGCCUUCUCCACCAACUAUUCGAAGUCUGGUGGUGGUCUAUGGCCAUGGCAUCCAAGCUCAGUUUCAAGAGAAUGGACAGCAUUGCCGAGACCAUGCCUGAUGCCCUACGACAAAGCCGGUACCAGAUGAAGAGAUGCUUCCAAAGGUACGUAUCAAAGGGUAAAAGGCUCUUGAAGAAUCAACAGCUCAUGGAAGAGCUGGAAAAAUCACUAGACGACAAAGCUGAGAAGGAAAAGCUUGUUGAAGGCUUUCUCGGUUACAUAAUUUGUUCGACUCAGGAAGCAGUAGUACUACCACCAUUUGUGGCAUUCGCCGUCAGAAUGAAUCCUGGUAUCUGGGAGUACGUCAAAGUUCACUCUGAUGAUCUUUCUGUCGAAGGAAUCACAGCAUCGGAGUAUCUCAAGUUCAAGGAGACCCUAUACGAUGAUAAAUGGGCCAAGGAUGACAACUCACUGGAAGUUGAUUUCGGCGCUCUUGACCUCUCGACGCCUCAUCUGACGCUGCCCUCGUCAAUAGGGAAUGGGCUGCAGUUUGUCUCCAAAUUCAUGUCCUCAAAGCUGAGCGGCAAGGCUGAGAGUAUGAAACCGCUUCUGGACUAUUUAAUCACCUUGAAUUGCCGUGGCGAGAAGUUGAUGAUUAAUGACACUGUUGACUCGGUGAGCAAGCUUCAGACAGCACUGCUCCUUGCAGAGGUUUUCGUUAGCGGGCUGCCAAAAUACACACCGUACUUGAAGUUUGAACAGAGAUUUCAGGAGUGGGGGUUAGAGAAGGGAUGGGGUGACACCGCGGAGAGGUGCAAGGAAACACUGAAUUGUCUGUCUGAAGUGCUGCAGGCCCCAGAUCCUAUAAACAUGGAGAAGUUCUUCAGUAGGGUUCCAUCCAUAUUUAACAUCGUCAUCUUCUCUAUUCAUGGUUACUUCGGCCAAGAAAAGGUUCUUGGAUUGCCGGACACCGGCGGUCAGGUUGUCUACAUAUUGGAUCAAGUCAGAGCCAUGGAAGAGGAGCUGCUUCAAAGAAUAAAGCAGCAGGGUUUGCAUGUAACACCAAGGAUUCUAGUGCUAACAAGACUUAUACCAGAUGCCAAAGGCACAAAAUGCAACGUGGAGCUUGAACCAGUUGCAGAUACAAAAUACUCGCACAUACUGCGUGUACCAUUCAAGACUGAAGAUGGCAAGGAUUUGCGCCAGUGGGUGUCCCGGUUUGACAUAUAUCCUUACCUUGAGAGAUAUGCCCAGGAUGCUUCUGUCAAAAUUCUUGACAUUUUGGAUGGCAAACCAGACUUGAUCAUUGGCAACUACACCGAUGGCAAUCUGGUGGCAUCCCUCUUGUCUAGCAAACUAGGUGUCACUCAGGGAACAAUUGCACACGCUCUCGAGAAGACAAAGUAUGAGGAUUCAGACGUUAAGUGGAGAGAGAUGGACCAGAAGUACCAUUUCUCUUGCCAAUUCACUGCUGAUAUGAUUGCCAUGAACACCAGUGACUUCAUCAUCACUAGCACUUACCAAGAAAUUGCUGGGAGCAAAGAGAAGCCUGGCCAAUAUGAGCACCACUACGCAUUCACAAUGCCGGGACUUUGCCGCUUCGCUACAGGCAUCAACGUAUUCGACCCAAAGUUCAACAUUGCUGCGCCUGGUGCAGACCAGGCCAUCUACUUCCCCUUCACACAGAAGCAGAAGCGGCUGACAGAUUUACACCCACAGAUAGAGGAGCUACUCUACAGCAAGGAGGACACUGAUGAACACAUAGGGUAUCUGGCAGACAAGAACAAACCAAUCAUCUUCUCGAUGGCGAGGCUCGAUAAGGUGAAGAACAUAACUGGACUCGUCGAGUGGUACGGCCAGAACAAGAAGCUCAGGGACCUCGUCAACCUUGUCGUCGUCGCGGGGCUCCUGGACGCUUCGCAGUCCAAGGAUCGGGAGGAGAUUGAGGAGAUAAACAAGAUGCACAACCUGAUCGACAAGUACCAGCUGAAAGGACAGAUCCGAUGGAUCAAGGCACAGACCGACCGUGUCCGCAACGGUGAGCUGUACCGUUGCAUUGCAGAUACAAAGGGUGCAUUUGUUCAGCCUGCACUCUAUGAAGCAUUUGGGCUGACGGUCAUCGAGGCGAUGAACUGCGGGUUGCCAACCUUCGCGACAAACCAGGGCGGACCAGCUGAGAUCAUCGUCGACGGUGUCUCCGGCUUCCACGUAAACCCGAUGAACGGCAGGGAGGCCGGCAGCAAGAUUGCAGACUUCUUCCAGAAAUGCAAAGAAGACCCAGGUUACUGGAACAAGGUGUCCACAGCUGGGCUUCAGCGGAUCUACGAGUGUUACACAUGGAAGAUUUAUGCAACUAGAGUUCUAAACAUGGGAUCUACGUAUUCCUUCUGGAAAACUCUGAACAAGGAGGAGAGACAAGCCAAACAACGUUACCUGCAGAUAUUCUACAAUGUUCAGUUUCGGAACCUGGCAAAGGCAGUGCCAAGAGCAGGUGAGCAGGCUCGGCAAGCCACAACAGGCGUGGCGCCUAGUGAGAUCGUAGUUAGACCCAAAGAAAGAAAGCCGCAGACUCGGAUUCAAAGAAUCUUAACCAGGUUAGGCGCGCAGAAGCCUCCAAUCUCCGAGUAGAGGGCAUCUUCCGGGUAAGAAAGCACCGAAGCCAACAUGGCAGCUCAAUUCAUUCCAUUGAUUAAAACCGGUGUUAACUGCAGGUGUGAGAUCUGUACACAGGUGUGGCCGUAUGUGUGUUUAUUAUUGAUUGGGAACGAUUGUUUAUUGAUUUACAUGUAUAAUACAAUAUUCGGACAUUGUCCCAUUUUAAAAAUGUCUA